AUGAAAAGUUCCUGGUUUUUAGUUUUAAGUACUCUAGCUUUUGUGAAAUGUAUUGAACAUGACUUUAAAGGAUUUGAUGACACCAUAUUAUUUGGCAUAAAUUGGCCUGGUUCAAAGGAUGUCCUAGAAAAUGUAGUCGACGGAGUUAACAAGCCUCAGCCUAAGGAGGUUAUGCAAGUGAUGACAUCACAAAAUGAGAAAUAUGAAUGUCACUUGCCAGAACUUCAGUCCAGGGAGGCAAUGAAUAUUGAGGAAUAUGAUGGACCAACACCAAUUAGUUUAUUGAAUCCAUUAUUUUCUCUGAAAAUUUGCACAUACAGACUAGAAAGCUACUGGAGCUAUGAAGUGUGUCAUGGCAGGUACAUCAGGCAGUACCAUGAGGAAAGAGAUGGAAAACAAGUCAAAACUCAGGAAUUCUAUCUUGGCCUCUGGACCUUAGAGGAUCAAAUGAAGCUAAUGACAGAUUUAAAAGCAACAAAAGCACCACUGAAAACUACAAAAGUUGAAAGAGUUGCCUUGCCUUCUGUGGAAAUAAUAAUGGAUGGAGGUACAAUGUGCGACCUGAACGGCAAACCUCGCAUCACAAGAGUACACUAUGUUUGUUAUAUCAAUGGAAAGAACGAAGUAUACUCUUUCAAAGAGACUGCUACAUGCGAGUAUGAAAUUAUCAUAUUAACACCGUUGCUUUGCGAACAUCCUCAGUUCAAACCGAAAGAUGUUAGUGAGAAUAUAAUCAAUUGCUAUCCGCAACUUGGCGCCGGAAAAAAACCCUAUAAUUUGGUUAAAAUGGAAUUUGAAGAUAUGAAAUUUCAAUAUGAUACAAUGAAAACCAUAAACAAUAAUGAUCAGGAUGCUAAGGAUAUUGUUGCCGUGUUGAAAGUUGAGAAAAUUGAUAAGGACGGCGAAACGCACCUUAAGUUUGAACUGCAUCCGUUAAACGAGGAGGAGGUAACGGAAGAGUCCAAAACGACGCCCAUGAUAGACAAACCUCUAUCAACCGUCAAGGAUGACACGCCUGUACGCGCUUUCCUCAAUGGCGAGAAUUGCUUAAACGGGGGUACAGGUUGGUGGAAAUACGAGUUCUGCUACGGGAAACACGUGAUUCAGUACCACGUGGACAGGAACGGCGAAAAGACCACUUUGCUUCUCGGCAAGUUCAACGAAGAGGCCCACCUAGAGUGGAUCAAGGAGAACAGGGGCAAAGCACCUAAACCAAUCGAUGUCCGCACGUCCAUAUCACAUUUCUAUUCUGGCGGCGACGUAUGCGAUAAAACCGACAAACCUCGGCAGACCGAAGUUAAACUUAAAUGUUUGGAGAAUUCCUCGAGUCCAGCUCAAGUAUCGUUGUAUCUUUUGGAACCAAGAACUUGCCAUUAUAUCCUUGGCGUUGAAUCACCAUUGAUAUGCAACAUUUUACCGUUGGCCGAUGAGAAUGGUCUCAUUAAAUCAACUAAAAUCGGUACUGAGGUGCCAGAAGUGAAGUCAGACACCAAAAAAGUCGUAGAGGAAAAGGAGGCGAAACAGAAAGACGUUGAAAAGUUUGGCUAUGAUUAG